AUGCGCCGGAUAAAGAGGGGCGGGACGGCGCCGCGCUGCGCUGAGGUGGGGGAAACAAAGAAAAAUGAAGAUCGCCAAAAGCGGACGAACGAGCAAGAAGAUAGGGCCACGAGACGGAAAGACAGGCGGGGGAGGGAGUCUCGCAGCGACGGAGCAGCACGGGAAGGGGAGAAGGCACUGGGACGAGAGGCGAAGAGGGGGCCGGGGCCCACGCGUCGGAUAAAGAGGGGUGGGACGGCGCCGCGCUGCGCUGAGGUGGGGGAAGCAAAGAAAAAUGAAGAUCACCAAAAGCGGACGAACGAGCAAGAAGAUAGGGCCACGAGACAGAAAGACAGGCGGGGGAGGGAGUCUCGCAGCGACGGAGCAGCACGGGAAGGGGAGAAGGCACUGGGACGGGAGGCGAAGAGGGGGCCGGGGCCCACGCGCCGGAUAAAGAGGGGCGGGACGGCGCCGCGCUGCGCUGAGGUGGGGGAAGCAAAGAAAAAUGAAGAUCGCCAAAAGCGGAUGAACGAGCAAGAAGACAGGGCCACGAGACGGAAAGACAGGCGGGGGAGGGAGUCUCGCAGUGACGGAGCAGCACGGGAAGGGGAGAAGGCACUGGGACGGGAGGCGAAGAGGGGGCAGGGGAAGGCACGGUAUGGGCACGGGGCCCACGCGCUGGAUGGAGUGGGGCGGGACGGCGCCGCACCGCGCCGAGGUGGGGGAAGCGUAUGUGUGAUUUGA